CGCGGCGAGCGCAGCAGCAGGGCCGGGUACUGCGCCUCGGGGAUCGGCGUCCAGGCUCGGAGCGCGGCACGGAGACGGCAGCAGCGCUGGACUAGGUGGCAGGCCCUGCAUCAUGGAAACUCUUUCUAACGCAAGUGGUACUUUUGCCAUACGCCUUUUAAAGAUACUGUGUCAAGAUAACCCUUCGCGCAACGUGUUCUGUUCUCCUGUGAGCAUCUCCUCCGCCCUGGCCAUGGUUCUCCUAGGGGCAAAGGGAAACACCGCAACCCAGAUGGCCCAGGCACUGUCUUUAAACACAGAGGAAGACAUUCACCAGGGUUUCCAGUCGCUUCUCACUGAAGUGAACAAGCCUGGCACACAGUACCUGCUGAGAACGGCCAACAGGCUCUUUGGAGAGAAAACUUGUCAAUUCCUCUCAACGUUUAAGGAAUCCUGUCUUCAAUUCUACCGUGCUGAGCUGAAGGAGCUUUCCUUUAUCAAAGCUGCAGAAGAGUCCAGGAAACACAUCAACACCUGGGUCUCAAAAAAGACUGAAGGUAAAAUUGAAGAGUUGUUGCCGAGUAGCUCAAUUGAUGCAGAAACCAGGCUGGUUCUUGUCAAUGCCAUCUACUUCAAAGGAAAGUGGAAUGAACCGUUUGACGAAACAUACACGAGGGAAAUGCCCUUUAAAAUAAACCAGGAGGAGCAAAGGCCUGUGCAGAUGAUGUAUCAGGAGGCCCCGUUUAAGCUCGCCCACGUGGGCGAGGUGCGCGCGCAGCUGCUGGAGCUGCCCUACGCCGGGAAGGAGCUGAGCCUGCUGGUGCUGCUGCCUGACGACGGCGUGGAGCUCAGCACGGUGGAAAAAAGUCUCACUUUUGAGAAACUCACAGCCUGGACCAAGCCAGACUGUAUGAAGAGUACUGAGGUUGAAGUUCUCCUUCCAAAAUUUAAACUGCAAGAGGAUUAUGACAUGGAAUCUGUGCUUCGGCAUUUGGGAAUUGUUGAUGCCUUCCAACAGGGCAAGGCUGACUUGUCAGCAAUGUCAGCAGAGAGAGACCUGUGUCUGUCCAAGUUCGUGCACAAGAGUUUUGUGGAGGUGAAUGAAGAAGGCACUGAGGCAGCGGCAGCCUCGAGCUUCGUGGUUGCAGAGUGCUGCAUGGAAUCUGGCCCCAGGUUCUGUGCUGACCACCCUUUCCUUUUCUUCAUCAGGCACAACAGAGCCAACAGCCUUCUGUUCUGUGGCAGGUUCUCAUCUCCAUAAAGGGUGCACCUACCGUGCACUCGGCCGUUUCCCUCUUGCUGUGUCCCCAGAUCCCCACUACAGCUCCAAGAGGAUGGGCCUAGAAAGCCACGUGUAAAGAUGAGGGCAGAUUCCUUACCCAUCUGCCCUCAUGAUUUGCCAGCAUGAAUUCAUGAUGCUCCACACUCAGCUCUUCCAUACUGACCACUCAUUUGUGCUACUUAAUCAGAAUCUUGAGAAAAUAGACCAUAAUGAUUCCCUGUUGUAUUAAAAUUGCAGUCCAAAUCCCAUAGGAUGGCAAGCAAAGCUUCUCUAGAGUUCCACAUGCAAUUCACUCUGGCGACCCUGUGCUUUCCUGAUACCGCAAAUACAUGCCUUAACCCGCUGCCUCAGUGGUAGUAAAUGGUGCUAGAUACUGCUACUAUUUUAUAGAUUUCCUGGUGCUUAGCCUUUUAAAAAAGGUUUUAAAACGUACAUUUAUAUUUUAUCUUUUAUCUUUUUUUUUGACAUUUACCAAUCACCAAGCAUGCGCCAAACACUGCGUUAGGCACUGGGGACACAAAAGGGGACAGAGCCAUGCUCCUUUGACACCUGGUCUUCAGUUCUGUGCCCAACGUAUAUAGCUUUGACAACGACCAGGUUGGACUGUGUAAUGUCUUUCAACUUACCAUGUAAUCCUCUUGUAGGGAUCACAUCUUUCUUUAUGAUAUUGUAUUUCUCUACCUCUAAGUCUAACAGUAAAAAUUCCAUUCAACCCUUAAAGCUCGUUUCAAAUUCUUCUUUGAGAAGUUUUUCCUUUCUCCGCAACCAGAUGUACGUAUUUGAACUCUCUUUGUACUUGGAGGGCACUUCUUUCAUGGUAGUUCUUUUAUUAAUCUCUGUAUCCUUAGAUAGUCCUCCAACAACCAAGGGUUGCGACUCUGUCUUACAUAUCUGGAUGCCCCUCAUAGUGCAGUAAUAAGUAAGUUGAUUAUAUACGAGCUACGUAACUUGUUUUUUUAAUGGUUGGAUAUCACUGAGUUUAUUUUUUAAAGAAUUUUUUUAUUGAGGUAAAAUUCACAUAACAUAAAAUUAACUAUUUUAAAGUGAGAAGUUCAGUGCCACUUAGUAUUGUUAACAACGUUGUGUAACCACCACCUUUAUUUAAAGUUCCAAAAAAAUUUUUCUCCUCUAAAAGGAAACCCCAUCCUAUUAAGCAGAUACUCUCCAUUCCUUCCUUCUUCCAGCCCCCAGCAACCACCAAUCUGCUUUCUGUGUCUGUAGAUUUAUCUAUUCUUGAUAUUUUAUAUAAAUUGUAUGAGACCUUUUGUGUCUGACUUCUUUCACUUAGUACAAGUUUUUGAGAUUUAUUUACAUAGUGGCAUGUAUCAACACUUCAUUUUUAUGGCUAAAUAAAAUUGUAUAAUGUGUUUAUAGCACAA